UGUCGAACUUAUAUUUUAACAACUCAAACGAACAAGACUUGUCGUGUUUACGCAUAGUGUGAAGAAAACCCCCAAGUUCCCCCUGAUUAAGUUGAGGAUAAUCCUUCCCAGUUCGGUUGGCCGUUGUCCGUUGUAGUGCGUAAAAGUUACACGCCAAUCCGGUGUGGUUCCGGAAUAUAAAACCUUUUAUUACCAUGUUUUCCGAGGGAAACCCACUGGAAGCAACCAUUCCAUCGCGCAACAUCGAAAUCAAAGCCCAAAUCGCCGGCCCGGAAGCAUUCCAGCGAAAGGUGGCCAUUGCCAAACAGCUGACCGGUUCCGAGGGCGAGAUCAUCAAGCAGCACGACGUGUUCUUCAACGCAGAGAAGGGCCGGCUCAAGUUGAGAUAUCUCGAGACCAAAAAGUCCGAGCUCAUUCAGUACUUCCGGCCGGAUGUGGGCGGACCCAAACUGUCCACCUACCACAAGAUGGACCUAGACGAGCCGAAACUGAUGGAAACCAUUCUGGCCGAAAGUAUCGGCAUCAAGGGUGAGGUCAAGAAGCAUCGGCACUUGUUCCUGCACGGACAAACUCGCGUCCACUUGGACGAUGUGGAAGGGCUGGGGCACUUUUUGGAAUUCGAAGUCGUACUGAGGCCGGAACAGAGCAUAGACGAGGGAACCAAGAUUGCCAACGAUAUGAUGAAACUGUUCGAAAUUGAAGAGAAGGCUCUGAUCCAGGGAGCUUAUAUGGAUAAAUUGUUGAAAUAAAACCAUCUUAUGAUUAGGUAA